AUGUCUUCUGUUCUAGUAUAUGACUUCAUUGAUAGUGAAUUGACAAACGCUAUUCUAAUUAUAAAUCCACUGACUCGAAGUUUAGUAUUCGUUGCCCUUGGUAAAUCGAAACCACAAUUGCUUCAAGAUGCUAAAUUGUACGUUAAAAAGUUGAAAUCACCUUCCCCACCUGGCAGCAAGUACAUACUAAAGAACAAACAGAUAUUAAGAAAAGAAGAUGACUCAUGGUUCCAACAAAUAUGCUCUGAUUUCUUACUUACGUUGCUCUCUCCAAGUGGAAAGAAGGUCGAGAUUAACUGUGAGUACUUGUCUGGAACAGAAUUCCAGAAAAAAGUGUGGGAGGCAACAAAGAGAAUACCAUCUGGAACUACUGUUUCGUAUCAGAGUUUGGCAAAACAAAUAGGACAUCCAACGGCGGUACGUGCCGUUGCAUCAGCCCUAGCUAGAAACAACAUUGCUGUCAUUAUUCCUUGUCACAGGGUUAUAGGGAUUACUGGCAGAAUGUCGGGAUUCAGGUGGGGCAUUCCUCUGAAGGAAUCUCUACUUGAGCGGGAAAAGUCACUGGUAUGA